AUGGGCCUACUGGAGGGCGGGCCCAUGUCGCUCUUUUGGGCUAUGUCCAGCCAGGCCCACCAGGCGCUUGCAACCACAGACCUGGCUCCAGGGUGGGACCCUGGGAAUGCCAGUCCUGGCGACGUAGUCUUCCUUGUUCCUAUUACAAUCAUCGGGGGCUCUGACACUCUGACCCGUCACCUAGGACCUGUUUGCCUUGGGAGACCCAACCAGGGGCAACAAGCCCCGGACAACAUAGCGCCUAGGAUCAUUCAAGACCACGGCAUCUACGCCGGAGUGGAACUGAUCAGUCACUUGGGCAGUCCUGGUCUGUAUGUUGGGUCAAUGCCUGUUACUCCCAAGGACAUGUUCAUCAAAACCCUGCUGUGCUGUAUCACUCUGCUCACUGUGACACUCAACUUGUUGGUUAUCAUCUCUAUCUCCCACUUCAGGCAGCUCCAGACCCCCACCAAUCUCAUCCUCCUCUCCCUGGCUGUGUCUGACUUGCUGGUGGGCCUUGCAGUGAUGCCAUCUGAAGUCUUCAUUCUGCAGUCCUGCCACUUUCAGGGUAAAAUCUCAUGUGCUCUGUUGUAUCUGUCUAGCUUCACCCUCACCUCUGCCUCUGUUGGGAACAUGGUGCUCAUAUCUGUGGACCGCUAUGUGGCUAUUUGUUACCCUCUGCGCUAUUCAUCCAUGAUAACACCAAGCAGAGUUCAAAUCUGUGUAUCUCUGUGUUGGAGCUCUUCUGUUAUCUACAACGUUAUAAUACUGAAAGAUUACUUGUUACAAAUACAUUUGUCAAAUGCCUGCUUUCAAGAAAAUACAGUCGUCAUAAACUACAUUUCAGGAACAGUAGACUUAUUUCUCACCUUUUUGGGCCCUGUUACUGUGAUCAUAGUUCUCUAUGUGAGAGUGUUUUUGGUGGCUGUGUCACAGGCACGUGUCAUGAGAUCUCAGAUUUCAGCUGUCGAAUCAAACACUGCGACUGUGAAGAAAUCAGAGAUGAGAGCUGCUAGAACUCUUGGUAUUAUCCUUCUUGUGUUUAUACUUUGUUUCUGUCCAUACUACAUUCCUUCCAUAACAGGACAGGCCACCGCAGAUGGUGUAGAGUCAUCACCUCAACUUUGGCUGUUCUAUUGUAACUCCACUUUUAAUCCUCUGAUCUAUGCCUUUUUCUACCCCUGGUUUAGAAAAUCAGUUAAACUCAUUGUCAGCCUUCAGAUGCUGCAGCCAGGUUCCCGAGAGGCCAACAUCAUGUUGAGAUAA